AUGCUUGCCGGUAAGGGCAUGGAGCAGCAGCAUCAACAGCAGCAGCAGGAGACUAAGAAUCCAGACAUUUCGCCGUCGAAGAACCACUUGACCCAAUGGUGGAAACAGAUCCGUAACAACCCGAAAAGCAUGUCGUCGGACUCGCUUUCUGUCGCAGGUAGUGCAGAGGAGUCGUCGUCGUCGUCCAGGUUACGGCCCGUUUUGAUGUCUCAUUCGCGAUCCUUCAACAGCAAAACACCAAGUGACGAAUUUCGAUCGUACCGGGACUCGUUUUUGAUGAAUCGCAACCAGUUCAUGGGCCAGGUGUUUGGAGUACCGUUGUCGCAGUCGUUGAGCGUGGCCAGCGCAGAGGUGAUUGUGCAAAGUGAAUUGGAAAGUUUUGGACGAAUUCCUAUUCUAGUGGCCAAAUGCGGAGCGUUUUUGAAAGCCAACGCGCUGCAAACCUCGGGAAUUUUCCGCAUUGCAGGUAACAACAAGCGGGUCAAGGAGUUGCAAUACAUUUUUUCUACUCCACCAAGCUACGGAACCAAACUGGGCGAUUGGGACGGGUUUACGGUGCAUGACGCUGCAUCUGUGCUGCGUAGAUUUCUCAAUAACCUCGAUGAGCCUCUCGUUCCGCUUGAUAUCUACGAAAGGUUCCGCAAGCCGUUGCAGGACAGGCCUCGAAUCUUGAAGCAUCUGGCACAAGGAAUGGUACGAAGUCAAUACGAAGAAGUCUCUUCUGCUUCAGCAGGGCCUGAUGCUAACAACCUAGGUUUUACUUCAAUAGACCCAGAAGAUGAAGCGAAGCAAAAAAUGAAGGCACUUCGCCAUAAAAAACGACUUUCGCGCGAUAUCAGGGCAGCUCUCAAGGAAUAUGAAACACUCUUCGGUGCUUUAUCAUCUGAUGCUCGGCAACUUUUGAUCUAUUUGCUAGAUCUACUCAGUUUGUUUGCACAACAAGCCGAUGAAAAUCUGAUGACGGCCCGUAAUUUGGCAGCUGUGUUCCAACCAUCGAUCAUAUCACACCCACACCACGACAUGGACCCCAAGGAAUACGAGUUGUCUAGACUUGUAGUCGAGUUCCUUAUCGAAUACUCGUAUAAACUACUACCGCACUUGCUCAAGCAUCAUCGCUCGACUUCAAAGGUUGCAACAGUCAAGCCCCUGGCAGAAAAAUCUGCCAUUCCUCAGCAACAGAAAAUCAUUUUACCUCAAACCAUUAUUUCACCAGAAUCAGAAAGUAUGACAGGGCCACAAAAUGGUCAACCGAUACCCACAACGCCCACAGAACAUACUACCAAAAACCUUGAAGAACCCUCCCAAGCACUAACGCCUCCAAGUCCUUCCUUCUUGGGUAAACCCAAACUUGUACCGAAGAGCAGACCCCACAGCAAGUCUUUAAGCUACACCCUAAAUGCUUCCGAUAUCAUUUCAGGAAAACGAAGUUCGCGACUCUCUUGGCUCAACCGCGUUCUGUCAAAUGACACCGCAGAGCUCAGUGGUACCGAAGAGGAAGGAGAAGAGGGAGACUACGACGACAUUCACUCUCCAGGAAGUACACAUUCGGGGUCAGUUCCUAAACAGAAUUUUCUGGCACUACCCCGUCCACACGCUCCCAGAACUAUGAGUGGCAACAGUAAUAAUUCGGGCGGUACUCGACCCUUGUCAGAAGUCAUGAAUAAAUCACUAGAAGAAAUCAGCGCUUCUCUAGGAUGGCGAAGAAAUAGCAACACCGAUAAUUCUGCUGUGGGCACCGAUGACGAGAGCGAUUCGCGGAAUAGGUCAAGAUCUGUGCGCAGAAACUCUUGGCUAAGCAAACUGCGAAGCCGUUCGCGAUCUGCAAAGGCAGAACGCACUUGA